CACAAAACCCCGCGCGCCAGCUGUGUGCGUGUGCGCUUCUGCGUAAUUUUUCUGUUUUCGGCAACUGCAUACAAAGGAAAAGCAGUUCGUUGGUUCGUGCUGGUUCGCCGCUCCGAGUGUGAAAAUUUGGUGAAAAUUCGGUCAGUGCUAAAACAUCACCGAUACCGGCAAGCCGGCAGAGAGCGCAGUUCUACCGCCCGUGGAAAAUUCCACUGAUGUUACUCAACAACGUCCUGUGCCGGACUGCUGCUGCUGCAUUACGGGUUUGCGCGAACGGGAAACAUUCACUCUGCCAAAGUACUUUUACCAGUCGGCUAAACCAGUGCCCACGGUACCAGAACAAUCUACAGUAUUUAGCCAAAGCAUUUUCAAGCCUUAACGGAAAAAUGGUAAAACAAGGACCACGUCCGCUCGUCAUCUGUGGCCCAUCGGGUUCGGGCAAAAGUACGCUGCUGAAGAAGCUGUUCAAGGAAUUCCCGGAUACGUUCGGUUUCAGCGUGUCUCACACCACACGCAAACCACGUCCAGGUGAGGAAAAUGGUGUCCAUUAUCAUUUCGUCUCGGUUGAAGAGAUGCAGUCCGCUAUCGAGAAGGGCGAGUUUAUUGAAACGGCGGUAUUUAGUGGCAAUAUGUAUGGUACCAGCAAAAAGGCCGUAGAGAACGUACAGCACCAGGGUAAGGUGUGUGUGCUGGACAUUGAAAUUGAGGGUGUGAAACAGAUUCGCAACUCGGACCGAUUAAACCCACUGCUGGUGUUUGUAAAUCCACCUUCGAUCGAGGAACUGGAACGCAGAUUGCGUGGCCGUCAAACGGAAACGGAGGAAAGCUUGAGCAAACGUCUAAACACAGCACGCAAAGAAAUAGAAUAUGGUACGGAACCGGGUAAUUUCGAUGUGGUUGUGCAGAACAACAACCUGAAGCAGGCGUAUGAAGAUCUGCGCAAUUUCAUCGUACGGGAGCUCGAAACGCAACAAGGCCAAGGUAUCAAUGUUAGCCUGAAUCGUGUGUUUGAUGAGUGAAGUGUGGAACGUUUGUUUCCAACUGUUUUUGUCCCCAUUUCUUACCCUACCCUGAUAUGACACAAAUGUGACCACCACGAUUCCUAUCCACUCCAAUUUGUUUAUUGUACCAUUGAAUCUAACGCGUGAAAAAUCCCGUUUCUCUAACAGCUCUAAACUUUCCUACAAGAAAGUGUACAAAUUUAACAAUCUUAGUAUAUAGGUGUAUUGCCAUAGCAAAACUAUACAAGACAUGACCUACGGUAUUGACCGGUGCUAGGAAGCAAAUGAUCAUUCGCAAACUCUACUCGGGGCAAAACAUACAAAUGUUUCGUUACCUAAACAAAAAGCGUAUCUCUUGAUUGUGCAUAUAAUUUGUAGCAGGGCGGUGGUACCGAGACAGUCCCAAAACGGAAUUGGCAUUUUUACAAACACCGCCACUGUGCAACUUUAUACACGUACACCAAAAUAUCUAUAUACCACCUAAUAAUCAUUAACCGUAAAAAAAAAACGCCGAGUAUUUGCAAAAACGAGGUGCAGAGUUUUCGAUACAUUUAUAUUUUGUUAUUUUAUUUUUCGUUAUUUUACCUUUCUCUCAUGGUUGAAUCCACUUUACGAGGAUCAUUUUUAUACAAUCAACAAAAGUACGAUUAAUUCCCAGUGCAGUGUAGGAUAAAGUUUGAACCACCCUGUAUGUUUAGUGUCUCGGCUAAACACGUAGUGGAACACGAGUCAAGAAUGAAGAACUCAAGCGUGUUGUUUAUCGAUAGUAUUUUCGAUAUAUACCAAUUAUACGGCCAAGGUUGAAAGCUAAAUGAUGAGCUUUACGAUAAACUAGAAAGAUAUAAAAGAAAAUUAAUGCACAUUCCAGUGUCAAAGAGUUGUUCGAUUAGAAAUUAAACCUCAGUUUAAAAUUCCUGGCGAUAACGUUGUGAAACUCUUCUGAGUAAAACGAAGAAGCAUUCAAAGCAAUCAAAAUGAACCAUCAUAUCCAAUACUGUUUCCGAUACACUUCCUUUUACACAGUCAAAUUAUUUUAGCGUGUACGUAUGACAUUCCAUGAUUAAGAUGAGGGUUAUUAAUUAAAUACAUAAAUUGGUUAGGACAUUAGGGUUUGGAAAAAAACCUCCAUGAAGUUUACUGUCGAAUGUGAGUGAUAUUGUUUUGUGGUGCUAACACGCAAUUUGUUCUACACCUUCGUUUUUAACCUUCGUUUACGUUCCCAUUUGUGCAUGAUGAAUGAUGUUUGGCUUUGUGUCUGAUGUUUCCGAACCAGCUGCCUAAUUAACCAUCAGUUUCAGCAGGUUCCUGCAUUGCGCUUUGUGGCUAAUAUGUUUGCCAAGUUGGUUCUUGUGUCGAUAAGUUGACAAAAAAGCUUCGUUUCGAAAAAAAAUCGAUCACACUAAUGAAAUGGAUAAAUUAUUCUUUUCCUUCCCCGCUUCGUUUAGAUGUAUUUCUUGUCACGUCACUGGUUAGCAAUUACAAAUCACUUGAAGUUUAGUACGGUACCUUCGGCUACCGCGAGAGUGACCCCGAUUUGGGAGGGGUGAAAACCAAUUCCUUCGACAACUUUUGUUUUGUUUUGCAACUCUCCACCAUCAUCAUCGUCAUAUGCACCGCGCAAAACGUUGUCCUUUUCCUUGUCGAUCUUUCCACUGUAUCCGGACAGGAUAGGGAGAGAUUGAAGCACUAGCCUCACAGCGUAGCAACAGGUGUUUAGAAUGAUACACCUUUCCCAUCCAACCAACCCAGCCGCAUUGUUGCAUUGUUGCAAAUUCCAGCUUGUUGUGCAGUUGUGCUUUUUCCUGCGUGUAGAGCCACUGUGUUUAGGUGAACGUAAGUGUUAGUUUAAGAAAGUUGUGACGCGCGUUUUCUAUCCCAUCUGCUCGCUACCUGCCACAAGUAAAGUCAAACAACAACCCGCAUCACCAACGGCCACCGUUGGUGUUGCGUGCCGUUUGUAUCAACGCAAUGCGCAAUGCUUUUUAUGUAUAGAACUUUUUUUUUAUAAAUAUAUUGCAACAAAAACAUUUUAUUUUCUAUAAGCAAACUUUACCAAACCAUAUAGCAGAGUGAAUUAUUUUCCGAGCUUUUCCAUCUACUAUCUGCCACAAAGAGUGUUUAGUGAAAUUGGCCUGUGGAACACAAAUGUUCAUUUAACGUAAUUGCCAAACAAAAAAAGAAAACAGAAAAUAAUUCUAGAAUAAUACACCAUGGAUGGAACACUAAUGUUAGAACAGAACCACAUGUUUAUAAAACUUAUAGUACUGUACUAGGAGAUAUAGCUACACAUCGUUUAGGUACUACUGCACUGUACCGCAUAUUGGCAGAUUUAUACAGUUUUUCUCUGUUGUUUUAGGAAGAGAAUUAAUGAAAUAUGUUAACACACCAAUUCACAAUAAAGUGUACUAUAUUAUAAAGCAUGAA